UCCGUGUCCGAGCUGCUGAGCGCACAGCCCCGGCCGAAGCGGACCGCCAUGGCCCUGACCCUCGGCGGAGAUCCAGUCAAGCCCGAGAACUCGCGCAUAUCGCGACGACGAGUGGAAGACGGCGAACAGCCCAAGAUCGCCAAGACGGCUGCAGGCUACAACCCAGCCAACAAGUCGCUGAUGGUGCUCAUCAUGAAGAUGAUCAUGCAGUUGGCACAGUCGCGCCGCACGGUGGAGGGCAUCCUAUUCGACGUGAUCAUCGCGCCGCAGGACAUGCCAGAGGUAACUCGCAUGGCCGAACAAGGAGCCAACUACAACGAGCAGGCUCUUCUCAACCGACAGGAGAGCAUCGGCAAGGCGAGCUACGAGAAGCUGAAGGAGCUCAAGCAACGCCUCGGGGCGCUGAACUACGAGGAGCGCAUGGACAUCAUCAAGUUCACGAAGCUCGACAGGUGCUUCAACCAGCAGCAGGGGCGGAUCGCGCUGUGCCUGGGGGGCUGCCGCAAGGAGAUCAUCGGAGCGCUGGUCCAGCUGGGGGGCGAGUUGAAAUCGGGGAGGGCUCCAGCGACGCACAUGGAGCGCGAGAUGCAGGAGUGGCUCGAAGCUUUUCCGUCGUAG